AUGACAUCGACUUUGGGUUUUUAUAAAAAACCAAAAGUCCUUCACUCGCCCAGCUUUGAUGAUGAUGACGACGAUGAAGAUGGGCUGUUUGCCAACGAAGAAGACGAUGAAUAUUUACAGGAAGUGCCUUACACGUCGUCGAGUAGCAUUGACCGUGGCAGUAUCGGCUCAAUACCAUGGAAUGACGAUGCAAUUCGAUUGAAUCAAAUCGAAUGGGAAAAAGUGGAGAAUAUGUUAGCCGGCAUUGAGGAUUUACCAACAGAUGACGAUUUGCGCAAGGAAAUAUUAGAUUGGCAGAAAAAAUUCCCCAAGUUAAUGGGGCGCAAGACAAGCCCUUAUAGGAUAAAAGCAUUAAGUUCGGAUACUUUGGAAUCGUUGCCAAGUUUAAAUAUUAGCAGUUCAGAUGAAGAUGAAAUGGAUGAUGAUAUUACUCCAACCAGGGAGAAGGUAAUACAACACGAAGAACCUACUGUAGCAGCAGCUUUCCGACAAACUUAUAGGAAAACAUCGGAUGAGAGUAAUGAUUUAAAUAGCCUACUGAAGAAUUUCACAUUGACCACAGUGCCUUUAAAACUCAAUGAACGCGAAACGAUGCAUAAUCCUGGAAAUAAACGAAAAUGUGCCACCAGUUCUACAUCAUCAUCAUAUUCACCACCAACACCAACGAAUGUUCCUAUUGUCCAACCAACUACCAGUAGCCAACAUCGUUUGCGUAUGCCUCCUAUUUUGAAUGUUUUGGAGUCGACGAGAAAAUUUCGUAAUCUCGGUCGACAUCAAGUCAAUCCUAGCUUUGUACAAUUGACACAUGUGCAGCAGGCGAAAUCUGCCGUGGUUACACAAGAUCAAAAUGCAAGAUCCAGAUUUAAUACCGGACACAGAUCGGCGUGGCAUGUCCCCUUGGCGGCAAAUCGAUUUUUCAAUAACCGCAAUUCUAUUGUAUUGCCAUCGUUAUCAUCAUCACGCCAGCAGCAGCAACAGAUAAUACACCAGUAUAAUUCACAACCAACAACAAUUUCGAAUUCAAGUGAUCUGAAUACGACGACACCAUCUAGCACAAGGGAACAUUUUCUACGAACAAAUAAUGCCAAUAUAUACAAGUCCAGUCAGAUACUAGCAUCUAUAAAUAAACGUGACAAAUUUGGUGGUCCUACGACUACAGCCUCAACACAAACGACCAAUAAUACAUCGACGAAUUCGGGUAGAUCGAUUUCGGCGGCUAUACCCACAUAUCAUCCGAGAUCAACAUUUAAUGUAUUCUAUUUACCAUAUAGUGCCUCAAAAUUUCAUGCUUUUAAGUAA